CCUCAAAUUAAAAAAACCCAGUUAGCAAAACUACACAACCCCUCUCUCUCUCUCUCUCUCUCUCUCUCUCUCUCUCUCUCCACAUGAAUUUUGAUGUAAAGAAGCUGUUCAUUGCUGCUCCAAUGUUCUUGUUGGAUUUUCCCUUUCAAUCUCUCCAAUAGAAUAGUACUUAUCAUUUCUUAGCAUACCUUCAUCUCUGCAGAAACAUGCCACCAUCUCCCACCCGAAAGCCCAGGUACAAGCGACGGCGACGGCGAUCGCAACUGUCCGAAUACUCGAAAAACCCGAAAGGGGAAUCAGUGGAGCACUUGCCAACCACAAGCCCUGCUGAUCAUAGUUCAGUCAGCAUCAAUGACAUCAAAAAUGACAACGACGACGGCGACAGUAACGAUGAUCAUACUACUGAGGUUGAUAGGUUAAUUAGUUCCGAUGCUGGCUUUUGUACCCCCAAGGCCAAGAGGUUCCGAAUCCCGGAAGGGUUGUCGUGCCCUCCCGCUCCGAAGAAGCGGCCCCCCUCCUCCAAGAAGAGAUCCCCCAUUGCCUUCUUCGCUUCGCCAGAUAUCGAGCUCUUCUUCUUCGUAGCAUUUCAUGAUAUUACAGCUUGAAUAAAGCUGGGCUGGCUGACUAGCGAGCUAGCUACACAUAUGUUUUACUUGUAAUUGUGUUUGAUUAAUUACGACUUCUGAGUGUGUUGGUUGCAGCAUAUGAUCAUCGUCGUCAGCUUUUCUCUGGAUUACAUUUUUUGCUUUGUGGGUUUUCUCUCUUUUUCUACCUUCCAUGUGAGUGUGUUUCUUUUGGUCAAACACAUACAAAAAUGAAAAAAGAAAGCUACUUUUGAAUGGGAUCUGUAUUAUUGAA